AUGGAAAAUUUCCAAGCAAUACUAGAGGAUAGUUUCAAAAGUAUUCAAGAGCUAAAUGAUUACAAUCAGAGGCUAGCAAGCAAAGAGUCACUAGAUACAACAGUAUUAAAUUCAAUCAAGAAAAAAUUCAUAUUAGAUUCAGUUAAAUUACAACGAACUUUCCAACAAUACAAAAACUGGGAAAUAGAAACUAAAAAGAAUUAUAUAAAUAACGAUUUAGUAGAUUAUAAUAAAACAGUAUCAGAAAUAGCAAAAGCAAAUCAAAAAUUAGAUGAAACUACAAAAGUAUAUGAAAAAUUAUCAUCAACUUUAAAAUUACCUGAGUUUGCAGUCAAUGUUAAAACUAUACAAGCAUCAAAUAAUGAAAAAUUAAUUAAAAUAAGUGAAAAAUUUAUCAACACGGAGGAACCAAUUGAAAAUAUAAGAUUAAAUCAAUUAUUUGCAUUGAAUUCUAAAAAUGAAGAUACUGAAUUAUUAUUCCCAGACAUCGAUAUAAUUCGAAAUUUAAUCAAUUUAGAAUUGAAGCAAAGGAUCAAAAGUAGAGUCAUAUUGGAAAUAUUGACAUCUAUAAAAUCGAAAUUAGAAAGAGGUAACAGAACUUGGAUUCAAGAAGAUAAUAAUUUGAAAAACUUUUUAGAUGUUAAAUUCAAAGAAGUUGUGGAAAGAGUUGAAAAAAUUAAAGACGCUGAUUCAAAAGCUAAAGAAGAAGAAGAUGAGGAUGAUGAACUGGAGGAUGAAAGAGAUGAAGAAAAUAGAAGAAAUAGAGAAGUACAUGAGGAAGAAGAAGAUUACGUACAUGAAGAACAAGCAUUAAUAGAAGAAAGUGAAGCUGAAGAUGUAGAUGAAGAAGAAGCAAAACAAGAAGAAGAAGUGGAGGAAGAAAUGGAUGUACAAGAAGGUGAAGAGAAUGAAGAACCAGAGGAAAUAAAGCAAUCAGAAAACACAACAAUAAGUUCUGAAUUAUCUGAACUAUCUGAUGCUCCUGAUGAUGACGAUGACGAUGGUAUGCUACUUGAUAGUUGA